GUUUAAUAAUUUACCUAAUGAUAUUGGAAAAGUUUACGUGUCAACAGAAUCUGGGGGAAAAGAAAUAUCUUUUCAAUUAUUAUAUGAUAGUAACUUUAAUGUUAAUACUGCAUUAGAAGCUAUAAAUACUAAACAAUUAACAACAGAAAGAAAAUACUAUCUCUAUACAAAAAUUAGACAACAUGUAGAUGACCCAUACAAAGAUUUGUAUUGCGCAAAUCCAGAAUAA